GGGCUGCGACAAGGUUAUGGAGAUUUGGAAACAUCAGCUUGUUUUUUUUUCCAAAGGUUUUUUUUUUAACAAAGAUAUCGCUGGCCCUCCCGACGUCGUUGCCUUUACAAGGUUCUGGCGGAACUUUGUAUCAACGGCGGACCCCUCUAGGCUUCGUCGACAAGAGGCCGUGAGGUCGGAACUGUGGCCUUGGUAAGGUAUUUGGAGUCGAGAAGGGCUUACCCAGCAAUGCCUUCACGUACACUGCCAUCGGCUCCCACCACCUUCCGAUGGAUUCCAUUCCUUUUGGGCGUGCUGGUCCUUUUUCCACUGGUGCACGCGCAAGUACCGCUGCCGACCUUUUCUCUCCCUUCUGGUCUUCCGACUUCCAUUCCUUCGUCGCUCCCUUCGUCAGUUCCCACAUCUCUACCGCAGGGAGGUCCUUGUCGGAACCAGGCAGACUGUGCUGUCGCUCCUGGAACAUCCUGUAACAUACCUCCUGGAGCCGCAGGUGGGGUUUGCUUGCCGAGCACGGCAACAUCAACUCAAUCUCCCACGACCACGCAAAGUCCAGCACCAAAAGUUCUGUGUAAUAGCAAUGCAACGUUGUCGUGUCCUCUUGGAUCUAUAUGUUUAAACGGCGUGUGUGAGACUGCGGGGGAUGCGGUAAAGAAACUGCCAACAUGGGUUUAUGUCGUCAUCGCUCUUGGCGCACUAUUGAUUCUAGGAGGAUGUGCAACACUAUUUUGUUGCUGCUGCAAUCUGUGUUGUUUCGCUGGACGAGCCGCAAAGGCAACGGCGAGUGCUGGCUUAGCUGUGCCUAGACAGCUUUCAAAGGGCAUGGCAAAAGCAACCGGACUCUCUGGCGGUGGCAAUUCUAGAUAUGCGACCGAUGCAGUUUACGGAGCUGCGGGCUCUCCGCGUUCCCCUAAUGACGGCCCCGCCCCACUCCCUAGCGGUUAUCGGAAACCGGUCGACUAUUUUCAAACGGUAGAGACAGUUCCAGAACCACCACCUCCGAUCGCAUCCCCAUCGCAUCAUGUACCCGGCGCUGCUCUAGCCGCUGAGCAGAACUACGAUUAUUCAGCGUAUCCCUCGACACCUCAAGCGGGGUAUUCCCCCUCGCCAUAUUCUCCAUACGCUGCUACAUCACUCGCGACAAACUAUUUUACCCCCAUGGAUUCGAACCCCUCUCCCCUUCAUCGAGUUUCCGCAUACGGGGAUCCACGGACUGUAGAAUCACCAAAUACACGGUUCUCCGUCUAUCCACCAUUAGCAACCGAUGCUUCUUACCCACAGCCUCAACCUCGGCGCUAUUCUCAUAGCCAGGAUAUCUAUCCUCCACCACCAACAGGUGAAUUUGCAUAUUGGGAUGCUCAGCGCCGCUUCCAUCAAGGUUACAAGGACGAGGAGGGGAUCGUUCAUCGUGGCUAUUGGGAUGAAGAGGGGGAGUUCCACCUUUUAUCGUUGCCCCGAGGGGAGCGUGGACAAGGAGAGAUAUAUACCGGUGUACACUCUCCACAUCCUGUCUCAUCGGAGGCUAUACAGGAUGAUCCGGUGUAUGCGAACAGGGACUUUGAGGCCGAAACGAAGAGCUUUAGUUUUGGAGCAACAGCUGCGAGCGGUAGUGUCAGAACAGUCGGUACAAGAGAAAAAGAAAGAGAAAAGUACACGAGCGGCGUGUGAUUCAAGGGCUGAAAGCGUUCGUAAACUAAUCGGUGACGGCUUGCUUUGAGAAUAUUUUCGGUCAGAGAGGGCAAUGUACAUAGAUGUUCGCGUACGGACACAUUUCAAAAAGUUUUAUAUAGAUGUAAGAGGCUGGAUAUUAGAUGUUUACGAGCUUAUUCUACGGGGGAUUUCUUUUUACGGUAGUGUGUAUGUUGUUAGUAUUUUACUUCUAUGUAUAACAAGACUGGGGGAGAGGAGAAUGAGAGAUGAAUAGAUGCAGAAAUUCCAAAAGUAGUGAAAUAUUGCUAUUUAC